AUGUCUCAGCAAGAAGACGACCGCAGUUCCAAUUCCUGCCGUGUGAGUGGCAAGAAGUGGCGCGGUGCGGUUCCCCGCGGUUGGGAGCAGCAGCCAGCAGGCUGCCAGAGAUCCAACCGCGCCUUGCAGCGCACAGAGGGACGCAACAGGGACGGACGGUCCUUCCUGCCAUACAGAAGGAUGGAUCCUGCGCGUCCAUGGAGUGGUGCUGGGCAAGGGGGGAAACGGAAAGCCUCCGCAGAGAGAGGUGCCGAGCCCAACGGAAAGAUCUACGCAAAAGCGGUGCAGGAAGUCCUUCUGGAGAGAGCUCAUCUCCAGGCUGGAGGGCUUCCUACAACAGCAGGUCCCAACACAGGGGGAAGACCUUCCCCUGCUGUGUGCCCCCGCUCUGUCUCCAAGUCCUUGGCUGGAUGUAAACGCAAAGGCUUGGAAGAAGCGAAGCCAACAGCAGUGCAGCUGCCUGCUAACAAAAGAGUGAGGGGGCCGAGCGGAGACAGCGUGCCAGCUCCAGCAGCACACCCUGGGCCUGCUGCAGUGCGGAGCUCCAAGCUAAGAGCGAGAAGACGCCAAGAGAAAGAGAGGAGAGGGGAAUCGAUGAAGGCUGCCCUCAGAGCUGCCGCUGCACGUGCAGAGGCCUCCGCAGUGAACAGCCUUGUGGAGAUGAUGCAGAAGCUGCAGCUGAAGGACUGAGAGGAGGAGCGUCAGCAGGCAGCGGCUGCAGUGCGCGGCGUUACAGGGCAGCGCUGCGAGUGCCGCCCAACUCGGCCCUCCAACUUCAGAUGGAGUCAAUAAAUACCAGACACAAUGAGAGAUUCACACAGAGCGCACGGCCUCAUUUGUCCAGCGGCACUCGGAGAGCUGCUGCACCACCUUCUCGUUAUUGGUCUCGCGGCGCUCGCUCAGAACUCCCACAGCUCCGUCAGCGAAUGCUGCCAUCCAGUGAUGCAGCGGAGGCAGCAGUCCUUUGCACUGCCCACAAACAGACUGUCUCCAAAGCACGUGCAGAGAGCUGCGAGGAACAAAGCCUGGCCACGAGCGUGCUAACUUGGAGAGCAACGCUGUGCAGAUGGCUGAGUUUCCCAGGGCAGCACUGAGUGUUUUGGGCUUUGAUGACGAGUGUAUAAUGAGCAAAGUUCACCAAAAGGACGGCGUUUUCUCAGAAAGUGACAGGCUGUUGGUCCAGAGCAGCAUCUCUGCAGCUUAGGACCGC